AAACAUUUCUCACUACAACACUGGAGGAUCUAGAAGUGUCACAGCGUAUCCGGAGCGCUGCCAAGUCACUGGCGUCCUGUUUUUGAUGCAAGAUAAAUCUGAAGAUCAACAAAUACAAAAGAAAAACCCGCGAAAAGCCAAGCCGAGGAACAUUUUUUUAUUUCUAAGCAAAAGGACUGUCGGGGUCAGCCAGCGGACGGGAAGUGUCGCGUUAUUUCGGUAGACCAGGAUCGGGGACGAUCAGAGUGUUUCCUGGUUUUGAUGUGAUCCAACUGUACCUGGAGCAUGUCCACAGUGGGCCUGACUGCACAGGAGAUCUAUUUUCCCAUCGAAUACCCCUUCCUCCGGGGCAGCUACUGUCACAGCAUGGCUGGAUCCAAACCGUCCUGGAGCUUACGCCAUGAGCCCGUGGAAAACUUCUACUUUACUAUGAACACUCCACCCAUAGAGCACAGCUAUCGAAUCCAGCAAAAGGGGCCACCUCCAAGCCAUGAGCCACAUAAACACAGUCCUGUCACACAGAGACUGCAUUCAAAGAAAUCCAGGCCCACCCAUCUCUCCCUGUCCUGCAGCACUGAAGCACACAUCCCAAGUCCUGUUGAUGACACUCAGGUGGUCCCCUCACUCCAGAGGCUCUCAGUCUGUGACUCCAUCAGCCAGCUGCCAACGCCAGACAGAUGUUCGAAGCCUCUGCCUCCCAUCCCUCUAAAAUCGGACUUCUCCCCUGAGCAGGCUAUGGACAACGAAGUAGAAUAUUUCACGGACGAAAGCAGCCGCCUGGUGCCCAGUCCUGACCAGUGUUCCAAACCAUCUCCUUUUUGGUAUGGACAUUCGAGCAGACGGAGCUACAGGAACUGUGGGCAGAUUAACCAUGCCUACUUUGAUGGUCCCUUAAGACCAGAAAGCCACCAGCAGCCUCAGAAGCACACUCAGACACAUUCUGCACAGGGGGUGAGAGAACAGUAUGAACAUCAAUGGCAGGAACCACCAGAGCCUUUGGUCUGUCAGAGACCACAGGACAAGGCUCAGAGGAGGCUACGGCGCUCUCACUCCGGCCCAGCUGGCUCCUUACACAAGCCCUCCUCAUCCCACAGACGUCAUGCCAGCGGAAUGGAUAAACCAGCAGUCCCACCCCCUAUCCCACCACGCCUCAAGGCUGGAGACUACCGUCGCUGGUCAGCAGAGGUCUCGUCUGGGGCUUACAGCGAUGAGGACAAACCACCCAAGUUGCCCCCUAGGGACCAUUUGUGCAGCUCCCGCACUCCUAGUCCCAAGAGCCUGCCCACAUAUGCUAACGGAGUGAUGCCCCCUACACAAAGUUUUGCACCAGAUCCCAGGUAUAAAUUCGAUCGAAGUUUACAAAGACAGAACAGUGAGGGCUCUCCCUGCAUCCUACCUGUGAUGGAGAACGGCAAGAAGGCCAGCCACACGCACUACUUCCUUCUGCCUCGGCAGUCUGCCUCAACACAUCCAUCCAGUGACUGCCCAAACAAAAGGAGAGUGGAUUUAGUCUAGUCUGGAAGCUUCUAGUUGAAGUCGCAGAGGAACCCGUUGUACGGGGGCAAAAACCACUGGAUAAAAUAAUGAAACUAGAUGCCAACAUCCAUCAGACUGCUGCUGACUUUACUUGUUUGGUUUUUCUAAGACCCCCCCCCCCCCCCCCCCCCCCCCCCACACACACACACACAUACUCUAUACUCAGGGUAUGUGUGCACUGUAUACAGUUACUGUUGAUGUUGGAAAAGCUAUCACAAUGGCGUGAAACCUAUCGGACUAUAAGAUUGUGGGCAUAAUUCAACAUUUUAGAGCAUAUUUUUGAUAUAUGAUUUGAUUUCAUGACCGUCAUUACUGUAUUGUUUGUGUUGUUAUGACUGUGUGGUACAGUUGACGGGUUCCAGCUGGUCUGGGACCUAAUGUGCUCAGUGUUUGUUUCUGGAAUGGUGGGCAUGUGAUACACGCAGGCUUUUCUUUAGAUGCUGCUUUUGUAUCUUCUGAGGGACAAAAGGUCAGUAACCACGUAUCACCCAAGAUAUGAAGUCUAAAUCCACUCCAAGUGGAUGUUUUUUUUAACAUAAUGAAGGAUAUUGGCACACAAAUCUCAACUCUGAUUGUUUUUAUGUAUUGAAAAUAGAUUAUUUGACUUCCUGGUUGUAGUUCUAGUCUUACUAAGGCUGACUAUGCCAAUGUACACUUGUGUUUUUUCUGUUUUUCUCACAUUGCACAUUGUCCCUGGUAGCUAUUGCAUGUUUCCAUUGGAAUGCCCAGUGCAGCUUAUGUGGUGAGGUCGUCUAAUGAGUGUGUUUGCAUGUGGGGGGCAUAUAGAGCCACUUUCUGCAAUCACCAGAGAAUUGUUGAUAGAAAUUGUUACUGUGCGCUGCUGGUUUGCAGUGUGCACAUUCAACUUUUUUUUUUCUUUUCCUCUCUUUGUGUCCAGGUCUUUUUGUAUUUGGGCUGCACAAAAUUUGGUUUUAUUCAAUGUGAGUCAACAUAUGCUACUAUUCUAGUCUCAAACAGUGGGAGAAACUUAGUUUUUGGUCAAGCUGUGAGCUAUUGCUUGAAACAGAUUCUCCUCGAGUCCUACCUCAUUUUGAUAUUUCCACAUUUUACAUUCUCUGUUUAAAUCGUACCCAAAAGUCAAAAUCUAUAGUUUUUUUUGUACAACAAAAAAUAAACAAUCGGCUUCAUAUGUGACCUGAUAGUUUUUUUUUUUACUGCAGUCACACUGUUAAAGAGUCCCUUCCAACUAGAUAUCUAUAAAAAUAAUUUUCAGAUCAUGCAGAUCUUAGACCAGGGAUGUUAGCCUAACCAGUUAAUACGCAUGCAUCACGAAGACGGUGCAGGGCUUUACCUGCCUGACACAGACUUUCCUGUUCUGCACAUGCAUUCCUGCCUUACGUGAUUGCAGUGGGUGUGGUUUGAAAGACUUUGGCUGCUGGCAGCUGAGAACUAUAUGGAUUUUAUUGUUGUAGAAUAUUGACGAAGCAUCAGGAUGUUAAAGAAAUAGUAGCACAUCAUGUACUGAAUUAACCCUCUGUGUUCAGUUUGGGAAACUAAGGUCAAUCGGUCAUUGAAGUAUGCUUUUCCUCCUUUCUUCUCACAAAUCCUCCCAGCACAAUAUCUCUUCUGUUUUUUUUUUUUUUUAGCUUGAACGUUUGAAAUGUUUACAUCGAAGGUAUUCACAUGUCUUACUAGAAAAUCAUGAAAGUGAAUGAAGACUUUGUAUAUUAAGGAAUAACUUCUCUGCUGUGGUUGAGACAUGCACUGGGAGAGCUCAGUAUGCUUUGUACAGUAUUUAACAAUUCCAUUUGUUCUUAUGAACAGUUGAAAAAGUACACAGUCUUUUAAAAGAAAACCAAAAUAAAACAACUUAUUUAUGA